AUGAGGUUGCUGAAAAUUAUCCGACAAUCCAUGACCGGUUCCACCCUUCCUGAGGCUCAUCUGUGGGGAUUCAAUGUCAUACGGUUGGGCGUAAUGUGGUCAGGGGUUAUGCCUGAUAAAUCGAAAAUCGAUCACAAUUAUUUGGACAAAAUUGAUGCCAUCGUGUAUCUGUGUGCUGUGAAUGAUAUCUAUGUGAUCUUGGACAUGCAUCAAGAUGCUAUGUCGUCCGCCUUUGACAUGUACGAUGGAAUACCCAAAUGGCUGGUGGACCAGCUACCGAAGUCACCUGAGUGGCUGGCCUAUCCGUUUCCAUUACGCCGACCACCGAAAAAUUGGUUUUUGAACUAUCUAACAUAUGCGGCAGCAGACUGUGCUCAGAAUAUUUACGCGAAUUCUACGGGAGCAUGGGUUUACUGGGGGGACUUUUGGGCAGCGGUCGCGAAGAGAUUCCGACUGAGAACGAAUGUGCUUGGCUAUGAGUUGAUCAAUGAACCACCAAUUGGUAACUUUUACAAAAAUCCACUCCGGAUAUUACCGGGUUACAUGGGUAAAGUCCACCUUCUCCCCGUCUACGAUUAUUUGGUUGAACGUAUCCGUCAGGUUGACAGUAGUACACUGGUCUUCUACGAACCGAUGACGCACAGCCUAUUCCUACCCAUUGUGGGUGGGACUGGAAUGGGUCGCGUACCAGGUUUUCACAUAGAUCCGAAAGAGAGGAACAGAAGUGUGUUGUCGUACCACUACUACUGCUGGUUGCUUUGGUUCUCCGAUCCAAGAAGUCAAAUGUCGUGGUUUCAGCAGGAAUUAUGCGAUAAGACUAUCAUCACCAAAGCUUUCAACACUGCACACGCCUCCCGAAAGAAGACAGGUGGUGGAAUGUUUCUAACUGAGUUUGGACGGUGUGCACCGGAUGGACAUGAGCGAUCAAUAAAUACUGUUGAGUGUAGCACAAUUCUACGAACAGCAGAUGAACGGCUCAUGUCCUGGACAUACUGGGGAGGCGAUUUUCUGGAUGAUUAUGGAAAACCUAUUAACGAACAGCUGAAUUAUUUCAGUCGACCCUAUCCGCAACGAACUCUGGGCACUUCUGGGCACCUCAAGUUCGACGUUCGAAAUGGAUCGUUGGAAUAUGCGUUUUUGACAAAGCCGACAAAAGGUACCCAAGAAAAUAAGAUAAUUCUCAGCAUGUAUUUACCAUCAUCUGUUCACUAUCCUCACGGACUGGCUGUUUGCGUGGAGCCAGAUGUGAUCCCCACCGAGAUUAUAGGAAAUCACCUGAUUCUCAAUGUGCCCAAAGAGAUGACGAAUGUCACCUUCAGUGUAAACGUCAACAUCAGAAGAUUGCCGCAGCCAGAACAGCGCUGGUCUUCCACAUACUUUGCUGUAGAGAACAUCGCCACUGUUUCGUCGGAC